AUGCUGAUAACGAAAAUAGUACAGAUGAUGUCGGCGGUGAGCGGGGAGCCGUUGUUACGUCGAGUGAAGCAAGAGGCCGAGCCGCCGCAGUACUCGCCACCAGAGCAGCACCGACCCAUGCAGCUAUUGGAGCCAUGUAACCUCGAAUUAGAACCAAAGGAAGAAGUUAGGUUUUGCGUUUCGCCCGGUGAGGGCGGUAUAGUCGGCAACACAAGUCCUGAGCAACAACACUGCUCAUCAACUACAGCAGCGGCUGCGAGUGGCGCUAGGGAUGACGAUGCUCCACGUAGGCUUUGCCUCGUAUGCGGUGACGUAGCCUCUGGCUUUCACUAUGGCGUCGCCAGUUGCGAAGCUUGCAAGGCGUUUUUUAAGAGAACUAUACAGGGAAACAUAGAAUACACAUGUCCAGCAUCCAACGAGUGCGAAAUAAACAAGAGGAGGAGGAAGGCGUGUCAAGCCUGUCGUUUCCGGAAGUGUCUCCGGACGGGGAUGUUGAGGGAGGGUGUGAGGCUAGAUAGAGUACGUGGAGGGCGACAGAAGUACAGAAGGGCACCGGACCAACCACCUACCAACCAGCCCAGACCACAACUCGAGGAGAUUAAGGUACUAGAAGCUUUGACGUCAUACGAGCCGGAGCUCCUCACGUGUGGCGCCCCGCCCCCCAGCGUGUCGGAGCCCACCGCGCGUACACUGGCUCUGCUGGCGGACAUCUAUGACAAAGAGCUAGUGGGCGUCAUCGGCUGGGCCAAGCAGAUACCCGGCUUCACGGACUUGGCUCUUAACGAUCAAAUGCGGCUGCUGCAGAGCACGUGGGCGGAGAUGUUGAGCCUGAUGGUGGCGUAUCGCUCCAUGUGCGCGGGCGGCUCGCCGCGCCUGCGCUUCGCCGCCGACUUCGCGCUGGACGAGCAGCAGGCGCGCGAGCUCGGCGCGCACGACCUCUACACGCAGAUCGCGGGCGUGGCGCGGCGGCUGGAGCGCGCGGGCGCGCACCGCGAGGAGUGCUACCUGCUGAAGGCGCUGGCGCUCGCCAACUCCGAGACGCGCAUCGACGAGCACGCCGCGCUCAAGCGCUUCCGGGACGCCAUCCUCGCCGCGCUCAACGACACCGUCUCCGCGCUCAGGCCGUACCACAGCGCGACGGCGGCGAUGCAGCAGCUGCUGCUGGUGCUGCCGGCGCUGCGGCUGGCGGACGUGGCGGCGCGCCGCUUCUGGGCCGCCGUGCACCGCGAGCGCCGCGCGCCCAUGAACAAGCUCUUCGUCGAGAUGCUGGAGGCGUGCCUGCGGUAG